AUAAAUAUAAAGUAGCUCAGGACUCGGAGCAUCUUUGAAGCAGAAGUGAUGCACAAGUCCUACCAGCCUCUGAAACCCGCAGCUAACCGGUUCCUGACGCAGAGAUGGGACCAGACGAGAUACGAGGACCACAGAGACAAGGUGAGAAAGGCCAAACCUGUGGUCGACACUAAGGGCAUCGAAACACCGGCGCAUAUUCAAAAGAAUCUGAAGAAAGUCCAGUUGCAGAAAGAAAGGAUGUCCAUCAUAGAGAGAGACAAUCAUCUUCUGGUCAGCAAACUUUCUGCCAUCGCUCACUCUAACGGACUGGUGGACCACAGGAAUUAUUACCCACAGUACAGUCUCAACGCACAGAAAAGGAAGGAGAAGCUUCUACAAGUGACUCACGAAAACCAGGACAUCUACCAGCGAAUCAUGACACAGAGAUCCGACUACAGGAGGGAACUCUGGGAAGACGACUGGGAAAAGGUCAAUCGAAGGAGAGACGACAUCGCACGUUACCCACGAGGAGAGACCAACAGACAGUCACAGAAACCUAUAAAAGUGGUGAAGUUUUCUGACCGGAGUCAGCAGUCGUCCAGCGGCGUUGAAGAAGACAGCGGGGAAACCACAGAAGAAGAAGACAUCAACUCCACCCCCGAACACGGUCAACAUCAUCGUCUAUAAACCCUGUGGGUUCAGUUCACUGGAACAGAGACUGGAGAAUAGAAAUCACCUCAAAACCAGUUAACACACUGAAUGAACAAUAAAUUAUUGAGAACUUAAACAUUAAAUGAACCAGACUUUACUUGUGUGUGUGUGUGUGUGGGAGGAGGGGGUAUUUACUAGUUGAAAUGUCAACACUAUAGUUAAAAAAUGCAACAAAAUUCAGCAAUAUUUGGAAGAAAUUACUGAACAUUUAUUUAUUUUAACAUUAUUGUGUUCAUUUUAAUCUUAUAUCUGUUAUAUAACCAUUUAUUGAAGGUUAUUUAAUGUUGAUCUAACCAGCAGAAGACGCUCGCAGGGUUAAACCCCAGUUGCACAGGCGGGGCAUGUUGUCACACUGCGUUACAAUUAGCCUCUAUUAGAACUAUGAUAUUCUAUUCCAUACUUUUAUGAACUCUGUUGAGAAACCAUGAGAAAAAGGUCAAUAAAGACUGAGAGUUAAUGUUUAGAAAUUAUGAUUAUGUUUUGAAGAAUGCUGUAUAGCUGUGUUUUGAGGUGUGUGUGUUGUCAAAAUCAAAAAUUCUUAAAAAAAAAAAAUGUCAUUAUUGUAUAUGAAAAGGUAUUUUAUUGACAAAAUAUUUAAGUUUUUCUUGUAGAACAUGUUAAUCUGGUCAUGUUUUACUCAUGUUGUCACAGUCACGUCCAUUCUUUUAGGCUAAAUCACGAAAAAAGUAAACACUGUAUUAAUAAAACAAAACCACAUAAUUGUUCUAGAUAUGUGAAGUUAAUUUCUCACAAACUGAGACGGUCAAAAAGGUUGUGCUCCUUCACUUUUACAGCUCUGUAAUCUUACCUUGUGUCUGUUUUUAUUUCUCAUAAAGGAU